AUGAUAUCGCCGCUUCUCUUCAACCUGGUCAUGAUCGGAGUUGCGGAGCGACUAAACGCGCGAGUCCCGCACGUCCGUUACACGAUCUACGCGGACGACAUCACGCUAUGGGUUGCCGGCGGCAGCGACGGGUACAUCGAAGAAACGCUACAAGAAGCAGUGAACACAAUAGAAGGUCAGCUGGAUGGCACCGGUCUCCGAUGCUCGCCACAAAAGUCCGAACUCCUGAUCGUCCCACCACCCGGGCGAUAUAGGAAGAAAGCCACUGAAGACUCGGAGAAUAUCGUGCUCCGAACCAGAGACGGCAUCGUCAUUCCGAAAGUCUCUAAGCUCCGUGUCCUAGGCAUGGUGCUUGAAGCCAGUAGGAGCAACGGCGUCACCAUCGACAAGAUCAUCACUAAGAUGGGUAUCGCCACGCGACUCAUCAAGCGAGUUGCGACCCGGCACAGAGGGAUGAAGGAGGCCAGCCUACUACGUCUGGUGCAGUCCUUCGCCAUCAGCCACACUGCCUACGUAGGCGCGUUCCGCUACUGGAAAGUACAGGAGCGCGACCGGAUAAAUGCGGCCAUCAGAAGGACAUACAAGGCUGCGCUCGGCUUAUUCAACUGCACAAGCACAGCCAAGCUGCUCGAGCUGGGGGUGCACAACAGCCUCGAAGAAAUCGCAGAAGCGCAAAGAACAUCUCAGCGCGAGAGACUCCAAACCACACGAACGGGAUGA